AUGAAUGCAUAUAAUAACAAUGGAAAAGAUACCAUUGAGAACAAUAUUAGUACAGAACUUACGAACAUAAUUUUUCGCGUUAACAAAGAAUUAAAAAAAGAUGAAAAUUGUACUUAUUAUAUUCAUGGUACCUUUUCAGAAUGGAGAAAAAAGACAGAUUUGCAUGAUUAUUUUGAAAAUUAUAGCACAUUUAUUCAGAAUAUUUCAGAUAAGGCAAAAAAUGAAACAUAUUGUCAAUAUAUUGAUUAUAUUAAUAACCUGUAUAAAAAAUAUAUGAACAUAUGCUGUCCUUGUUAUAGUAGACCUAAAUAUGCUUGUGAAGAGCAUUGUCCAAAAUUUUUCAAAUGCAAUAGGAAAUUUUUUCCCAUAUAUCUCUUAGAUAAAUUAGAAUGUAAGGAUAAUGUAUCCUUACAAAAAGAAAACGAAAAGUUUGAAUCUCUUAUUGUUGAUCUGGAUGUUAUAAGGAAAAGUCAAUUAGUGGCAACGAACUUUUAUAAAAUGUUAACAAAGGAUUAUUUUUAUAGAUUUAUCUUCUCUACUUAUAUACUACUUGGAAUAUUCUUAAUUAUUUUCUUGUUUUACAAGUUUAUCCCAAUUGGCUUUAUAUUAAAUAAGAUAAUAUCUAAGGAAAAGCAAAUUAAUUAUCAUAAUGGUGAAGGAAAUAGAAAGGAAUUAUUAGAGUAUGAAAAACAAUAUCUGAAUGGAAAUUCUAAUAAAAAUCGAUUACGUAUAGCAUACCAUUCAACAUAA